CCGCACCCAGCCGCGCCCGCGAGGACAAGGGGAGCCGCGGCGCGCCCGCCCCCCGCGAGGAUGUGAAUUAUUAAAAAAGAAAAAUGGCCCAGCGGAGCACUGUAUUUCCUUCUCUUGUCACCAAGGAAAGACGCGUCAGAACCAUGCCCCGACACAGCCAGUCCCUGACCAUGGCACCCUACACUGUAAACCUCAUGGAGCAGCUGGAAGACAGGAUCCUGUGCCACGAGAAAACAACCGCCGCCCUCGUAGAGCACGCCUUCCGAAUUAAAGACGACAUCGUCAACAGUUUGCAGAAAAUGCAAAACAAAGGGGGAGGCGACCGCUUGGCCAGGCUCUUCUUGGAGGAGCACAUCAGAAACAUAACUGCCAUAGUGAAGCAGCUGAACCGGGACAUCGAGGUACUCCAGGAGCAGAUCCGAGCCCGGGACAACAUUAGCUACGGAACUAAUUCUGCCUUAAAGACUCUGGAGAUGCGUCAGCUGUCCGGUUUGGGGGAUCUUCGAGGGAGAGUGGCAAGAUGUGACGCCAGCAUCGCCAGACUCUCCGCGGAGCACAAAUCAACCUAUGAGGGCCUUCAGCACCUGAACAAAGAACAGCAAGCUGCCAAACUUAUCUUGGAAACAAAGAUCAAGGACGCAGAGGGACAGAUUUCUCAGCUUUUGAACAAAGUGGACUUGUCAAUAUCCGAGCAAAGCACCAAACUGAAGAUGUCCCACAGAGAUAGUAACCACCAGCUUCAGCUCUUGGAUACUAAAUUUAAAGGUACAAUUGAGGAACUCAGUAACCAGAUUUUAUCUGCUCGGAAUUGGUUGCAUCAGGAACAGGAACGGAUAGAAAAAGAACUUUUACAGAAAAUCGAUCAGCUCUCCUUGGUUGUUAAGGAAAACAGUGGAGCCAGUGAAAGGGACAUGGAGAAGAAGCUCAGCCAGAUGUCAGCCAGACUCGACAAAAUAGAAGAGAGUCAGAAGAAGCAUAUGGAAGGGCAGAGAACAAAACAAGAAGAAGAGAAGGUGCAUGGGCGAAUCAGCAAGCUGGAGUUGCAGAUGACGGAGGACAUGAAGGAAAUGAAAGCAGAAGUUGAUGCUGGGUUUACAGCCAUCUAUGAAAGCAUAGGAUCCCUCAGGCAAGUUCUUGAAGCCAAGAUGAAACUGGACAAGGACCAGCUACAGAAACAAAUCCAACAGAUGCAGAAGCUGGAAGCUCCCAUGUGAAGGGAGUUGGGACAAGGACCUCAAAGGUGGUUUUGCCAGUGGGUCUGGGAGCUCAAGACCUCCGUAGCCAGGGUGUUGUGGCAUUUGGGAUUGUUCUAUUCAUGGCGUGCAUGUGCCAAGAAAUGUGUUUUCAUGGGUCUAAAUGUUUACUUUGAGUCUUGAAAACACUAUCUUUAAAAAUCUAUACUAAUAAUAGAGGAAUAUGCAAACUGUCCGGGACUCUGUCACAGUAACGACAGAACAGCAGGCUACGUGGGGCAACCAGACUGGCAGGGGGGUUAGUGAGGGACAACCAAAUGACUGAACAGCAGCCUGUGUGGGGCGACCAG